ACACAUUAAAUUUACAUUAAAUUUUUUUUAUUUCUUUUUUUAUUAGUUUUAAAUUUUUAAUAUUUUCCAUCAGUAUCAAUGUGAUCAUAAGAUGUAAUUAUCAAAUUUUGGAAUGUUUAAAUGGAAAAUAAAAUCUAUGUUCAAGCUUUACCUGAUGUAGUUCGAACUCAUGUUCCAUUAGCUGAAGAAAAUGGAAAUGAUGUUUUGUAUUAUCAUACCAAUGAAAUAAAUCAAAUUGUGAUCGUAUUUCCAGGAGAUGUUCAGGAUUUUAGAGACAAGAUGCAGGCCCAUAGAGAUAAUUAUGUAUGGAAGGACUUUAGCUUGGAGGACACAGCAAAAAUUGUUUAUGAUCAUUUUGAACUAGCUUUAGUUGUUGUUAUUCGAGCGAGUCGACUCCAUCUUAAUACCUUUGCAAGCUACAAGAAUUUUGUUGACGGAAAUUUAUUUGGAGUCCCAAAAUAUUCAAAUGAUUCCAUCAAAGCUAUAUCCAGGUUGCAUUUUGUGCUACAGGCUCUGUAUAAAGAAGUUGCUAAUGGAGAGCAUGAAUCGUUAUUAAAUAACUUACCCAUAACUCUUUUGGGUUUUAGCAAAGGCUGUGUUGUACUUAAUCAAAUGCUAUGCGAACUUCCUUUGUUAGAAAAAGACCAAACACUUGAUGUUUUUUUUUCAAGAAUGAGUGCUUUUCUCUGGUUAGACUCGGGUAACUGUGGGCAAUCAGGUGCGUACAUUGUUAACGAACUGUGUUUAAGUUAUGCUGCACGUAUGAUUCCAAAGAUAUAUGUAUACAGUACGCCAUACCAAAUAAAUGAUGACUCUAGGCCAUGGAUUUCUAUCGAAAGAGAAAAGUUCAUUCGAUUGAUGAAGAAAAAAAAGGCGUUUUUAAAAGAAGUAGUUUUGUUUUCUGACAUUCCUCGAUCUCUGGAAAAACAUUUUCUACUGCUAAAAGAAUUUUCUUUUACAGCCGUAUAAAAUCUUUAAUGUUUUUUUUAUUUUUAUAGGGCUUUUUUAGCGAUGUUAAAACUAAUAUUUAUUUGUAUCUGCAUUUAUUUUUUUUUACUUAUUGACAGGUUAAUAAAGAAACUUAAUAUUUGGCGCUUGCUGUAGUCUCCAGUAAUAUUUUUUUAUCUUGUUAUCUUGUUUGCUAUUCUUUUGCCAAAUUUCUGCGUUUUUAUUUUUAGUUUAUAUCUUUAAAAAAUUUUCCAGUUAAACUUAUAACAUGUUAUAUGACAGUAAAAAACAAAAAAUAAGUUUUCAGAUAUG